UAUAAAUCAAGCUGUAUCGUGCGAUUAAGCAGUAAGAUUGCUGGAUAGGCCGUGGCAUUCGUUAGCCAUCAGUCCCGCGUAGUUGUUCAUCGUUCGCAAGCGACAACCCGUAGAACUGAGAGGAGUUCAAAAUGAGAGCUGUUUUGUUGGCGUCCAGUGCUUUGCUAGUGCUUGUAGCAUCAAUCAACUGCUUGCCGACGGGAGGAAAGGCAGUGCCCAACACUCCCGAGAAUGUGGACCGAUUGGCUCACCUUGGACCGGAUGAGCUUGCCGAGGAGCUAAGUGGUCAGUUCGAGGGUGACAUGGUGCUGGACGACGAGCAGAUGGAUAUAGUGCGCAAUCGGCGAAACGGUUUGAUUGCCCAAAAUCGUCGCUGGCCAGACCGUACCGUGUACUACUACAUCCACGAGCCUGAUUUCACUCAGGCACAGAUCGACCACAUCGAGCUGGGCGUUCGGCUACUCCAGAGCCAGUCGUGCCUUCGGUUCCAUCGCGUGUCUUCCGAUGCGCCCGCCUACAUUCGCGUCAUCGGAUCCGAUUCGGGCUGCUACUCGUCGGUUGGGUACACGGGCCGCGCCCAAAACCUUAACUUGGCGCCAAACGUCCCUGGGCAGGGUUGCUUCCGCAUCGGAACGGUGGUGCACGAGUUUCUGCACGCGCUCGGGUUCUACCAUCAGCAGAGUGCCAGCGAUCGCGACGAGUUCGUCGACAUCAUCUGGGAGAACAUCCAGACGGGUACGGAGAACAACUUCAACAUCUACAACAGCAGCGUGGUGACGGACUUCAACGUGCAGUACGACUACGGCAGCGUGAUGCACUACGGUGCAACGGCUUUCUCCGUGAACGGGCAGCGCACGAUCAUACCGAAGGAUCCGAACGCGACGAUCGGGCAGCGCAUCAGCAUGAGCGAACGGGAUAUCUCCAAGCUGAACUGGAUGUACGGUUGUCUCGGCAAGGUUUAACACUCCCAGAGGAAGUGCUGUUUCAAACGUUUCGUGAUGUCAAUGGAAAAAGACUGUUAAAGUAAUGGAGCAAUAAACGAUAUUCGAAACUGAUAUUAAACUUGAA